CAAAGCUGCGGUCGGCAGUGAAUGAGUUGCCUAAAGUGAACGAAUUGCUUGGGGUGAAUUGAGAGAGUGUCAGAGUCAGGAUGGCGGCAGGUCCCAUGCAGAUCGAUCUGAGCAACGCACAAAUAGCGAAAGAUGAGUCCGGGCGGCCCUUCAUCAUCGUACGCGAUCAAGGCAGGAAGAAGCGCAGUCACGGCAUCGAAGCGGUCAAGUCGCACAUCCUCGCCGCUCGAACCGUCUCUUCCAUCGUCAAGACUUCACUCGGGCCACGCGGGCUGGACAAGAUCCUGAUAUCGCCUGACGGUGACAUCACCGUGACCAACGAUGGCGCCACCAUUAUGUCGCAAAUGGAGAUUAGCAACCACAUCGCCAAGCUGCUGGUUUCAUUAUCACAGUCACAGGAUGCAGAGAUUGGAGACGGCACGACGGGUGUAGUCGUGUUGGCUGGCGCACUAUUAGAGCAAGCCGCAGAGCUCAUAGACAAGGGCAUCCAUCCGAUACGGAUAGCAGACGGCUACGAUGCAGCUUGCGAGGUUGCCGUCGCCGAGCUGGACAAGAUAUCAGACACCAUCUCCUUCUCGAGACAAGAUACUACUAAUCUAUCCCGCGUUGCCAAGACUUCCCUGGGCAGCAAGAUCGUGUCCAAAGCACACGACCAAUUCGCCGCCAUGGCAGUAGAGGCUGUACUCUCGGUAGCCGACCUCGAGCGGAAGGAUGUCGACUUCGAACUAAUCAAGGUCGACGGCAAAGUCGGCGGUUCGCUCGAAGACAGCAUCCUCGUCAACGGCGUGGUGGUCGACAAGGACUUUUCACAUCCUCAGAUGCCAAGCGAAGUGAAGGACGCCAAGCUCGCCAUCUUGACCUGCGCCUUCGAGCCCCCAAAGCCGAAAACGAAGCACAAGCUGGACAUCACUAGCGUAUCAGAGUUCAAAGAGCUCCAAAAGUACGAACAAGCCAAAUUCACCGAGAUGAUUAAGCAGAUCAAAGACACCGGCGCAAACGUCGUGAUCUGUCAAUGGGGCUUCGACGACGAGGCGAACCAUCUCCUCCUCACCAACGAGCUCCCCGCGGUCCGAUGGGUCGGCGGCCCAGAGAUCGAACUCAUCGCUAUUGCCACCAACGGCCGCAUCGUCCCGCGCUUUGAAGACCUGUCCGCGUCGAAGCUCGGCAAAGCGGGCAUAGUCCGCGAAAUGUCGUUCGGCACGACGCGGGAAAAGAUGGUCAUCAUCGAGGACUGCGCCAACAGCCGGGCCGUUACAUGCUUCAUUCGCGGCAGCAACAAGAUGAUCAUUGACGAGGCCAAGCGCUCGCUCCACGACGCUCUUUGCGUGGUGCGGAAUCUGGUCAAGGACAAUCGGAUUGUGUAUGGUGGCGGCGCGGCGGAGAUCGCGUGUUCGUUGGCGGUGGAGAAGGCGGCGUUGGGGGAGACGGGGUUGGAGCAAUAUAGUAUGCGCGCGUUUGCGGAGGCGCUGGAUGCAAUUCCCAUGGCGCUGGCGGAGAAUAGUGGGUUGUCGCCUAUUGAGUCGUUGUCGGAGCUUAAGGCGCGGCAAGGGAAGGGAGAAGGGCAGGGGAGGUUGGGCGUGGACUGUAUGGGCACCGGCAGCAAUGACAUGAAGCAGCACUUCGUUAUCGAUCCGCUGAUUUCGAAGCGGCAACAGUUGUUACUGGCGACGCAGCUGUGUCGGAUGGUGCUAAAAGUCAACAAUGUCAUCAUUGCUGGCAGCGACGACAACGACUUCUAGACGUGAAUGCGUGAGAUGAGCAUGCUGUUCGCUGUGUGCUGGAAGCACGGUGCGGCUGUUUGCAUAGCGUGGCGUUUCGUCAGCAUAGACAUCUGCAUGCGAUAUGUAAAACGAGCGAUACAGAUACGAUGUACUAAAGUCGAAGUCGCAGACCUUGUCAGACAACGGAUCCGAACAGACUCAUCUACGAGUUCGUGGUCAGCUGCCAUGGCACUAUUGAACUUAUCAUUAGGUCUGCACGUUCCGAUAUUGAGCGUAGCUUGUUCGAGUACUCGCCAGUGCGAUCGAAGCACUGUGGAAACGGUCCCCAAACACGCUUCUAUGCAGUUGCCGAAGGCCUAUAUUGCCUGGCGAACCUCCAAGGCCCCUCACGUCUUCGGCUUUGUUCCAAGUCUCCGCUUGUACUUUCGAGGAUCUAUCC